AUGAUUGAAAUCGACGAACAUAGCCUGCCGUUUGUGCGAACCGGCCAAGCGCUGCUCAUGCUUGAUCUGCAAAAUGAUUUUAUUGAGAGUAGUGCUGUGCUGCCCGUACGAAAUCCCCCAGGCUUCAUCGACAACAUAGUCAAACUACUCCCCGAGUUCCGAGCUUGCGGGCCCGUAAUAUCAAUCCGCAGCAUCUUCGAAGCCUCUCGGCCGUUCAACGAGCCUCAAGGCGAGAGCGAGAGCGUUAUUACCAACGACGAGCUGCCCCCCAUCACAAGAGAUGAUGACGAUUCAGAGGAGGAAGAUAACUCAGUACCGGAGACCUUCUUGACGGUGGGGCCAGGAUUACAACAGAAUGUCGUCUUGCCUGCCUCGCCUGGGACGAACUUCGCUGAAUCCAUAGUGAUGGCAGCCGAUGUCAAGAAGGACUUAUUUGGUCAGAAAACAUACUACUCGGCGUUUAAAGAUGGAAGUCUUGUCCAGACUUUACGGGCGAAAUUCGUGACGGAAAUCUACAUCUGCGGAGCUCUGACCAACAUCAGCAUCUUCGCGACUGCGAUGGACGCUGCGCGGCAUGGCUAUGCGAUCACAAUUGUUGAAGACUGUGUUGGUUACAGAAGCAAAGCGCGGCACAACGAAGCUUUACGGCGACUGCAAGAGUUCGCUGGCUGCGAAUUGAUGACCAGUAAGGAACUCAUCGAAGGCCUACGAGAAAAGGCGAGAAUGAGACAGGCACCUGCUCGGCACCCAAGGCCGCAACGACCACAAGGAAAGAAUGCUGGACUUGAAAAUUUGAUGGCUAGCCUGAGUCUUAAAUCCGCAGAGACGAAUUCUACUGGGUCGUCAGCAAAAGUGGCUGAUAGGGGCGAUGCCGGUGCUGCAUUACCAGUUGAUGAUACAACCGAGCCACCUGAUGUUGAAUUUCCAAAAAAAGCAACGGACGUCGACGGCAAGAAGAGAGAAAGAGUUAAGUCGAAAGUAAAGUCGCGACGACGGCCUUCAAAAUCAUUGCCGAAAGAAAUUGGUGUUCCUGGAGAGUCAUCUCAUUCAUCGCAGGAGAAAUCUCCCCCAAGUCCAACAUCUGCUACCCUCAGCGCUGCAUCGCAGGCGCUCGAGAAAUUGCCAACGUCUUUUUCAACAGAGACCCAGCCAUCGACUUCUCUUAGCGUUGAAGGCUCAAAGCAUAAAGAAGAUAGCCCCAAAUCAUCUCAUCUCCCGGCUUCGAAUGCAGACGGCCUUUUCUCUCUGUGUGAAGGUGACACCUCAAUCAUCCAUAACCUUCUGGACGAUGAAUCAGAGAAGGGUAUUUUCGAAAAGCUUCGAGACGAAGUACGAUGGCAGAAGAUGUCUCAUCAGGGUGGAGAUGUCCCAAGAUUAGUAGUUGUUCAGGGUGAGGUUGAGGAAGAUGGAAGUAUACCCAUCUAUCGGCAUCCAGCAGACGAAUCACCUCCCCUACUACCAUUUUCACCCACGGUGUCACUCAUUCGGGCACAAGUCGAGAAAAAACUUGGGCAUCCAGUUAAUCAUGUACUGAUCCAGUACUACCGUGAUGGGACCGAUUACAUCUCGGAACAUAGCGACAAGACGUUGGACAUUGUUCCAAAGACUUUCAUCGCAAAUGUCAGCCUGGGUGCCCAGAGAACCAUGGUGUUCAGGACGAAGAAGCCUCACAAGACAGACGACACCGUUAACAUUGCUCCUGCUAAACCCCGCGAAGCUGUCAAAGCCCCUCUUCCACACAAUUCGUUGUGCAGGAUGGGCUUGGUGACGAAUAUGCGCUGGCUGCACAGUAUUCGCCAGGAUAAACGCCCAACACAGGAGAAAAAGCCUGAAGAGCUGGUCUACGGAGGUGGCCGAAUCUCAUUGACGUUCAGAUUGAUAGGAACGUUCCUCGAUAAGGACCACCAGAAAAUCUGGGGUCAAGGUGCUGUGGCCAAAACCAAGGAAGAAGCAAGGAGAGUCAUCAAUGGGAAAACUGAAGAAGCGGAGAGGAUGAUUUACGCAUUUGGCACAGAGAAUCAAUCUUCUGAAUUCGGCUGGAAAGCGACCUACGGUGAAGGUUUUGAUGUUCUUCACAUGUCGAGCAGUCCGAAAUUGUUCCUAUCUGGCGAUUUCGUUGCGGAUCUGAGAGUCAAGCUGAUGUUGGCGGAAUAUGGCAUUGCGUGGACCGAGGGCAAAGUUUCGCCUUCCUUCAACGGGAAGGGUAGGAGUCCUUCUAAAGAUGUUCCAGAACUUCCCGAGGCCUUCCCUGUCAAGUUCGUUGACAGUGAUUUGAGCAAGUCUACUAUCGUUGGAGAUCUAGCCAUCUUACUCUACCUCGAUGCAGUAUACGGACCCAUGGCGAACAAAAAAAUUAAGUCGCCGCAGGAGCUUGCAAAGCAGUAUACUCGCAUGUACCAGAGCGGUGAUCUCCUGAAGUUGUGGAAAACAGAGCCUUUCAGCGCGAAGCCAUUUCAACGCGAAUUGGAGAUGUGGGAAACCUUUGCAAAGGAAGAGUCAAAAUUCAUCGCUGGACCUUCGAUAUCUCUGGCCGAUUACGCCAUAUUACCUGUCUUGCUCAAAGUUCAGAAUGAAUGGGACAAAUUUACAGGAUUCGAUAAUUUGGCUGAUUAUUGUUGCAUGUUGAGGCACAUAGACUUUGUCGCUAAGGUUCUUGGUCCAAUGGAAGCAGAGAGUACUUGA